AUGUUCAACUUCACGCCGCUGCUGGGCGCGCAGUCCGACUCUCCCGCAUCGCAAUCGCUACUCGAGCUCGAUGGAGGCGUGAAGAUACUGGUGGACGUGGGCUGGGACGAGACGUUCGAUGCAGAGACGCUCCACGCGAUAGAGCAGCACGUGUCUACUCUAUCCAUCAUCCUCUUGACACACCCGACUCUCGACCACAUUGGUGCCUACGCGCAUUGCUGCAAGCACAUCGCCGGCUUCAGCAGAGUGCCCGUCUAUGCCACCACCCCAGUAGUCAAUCUGGGCCGAACGCUCCUCGCCGAUCUCUACACCUCAGCACCGCUCACGACAUCCAUCAUACCGACCUCGGCCAUCUCGUCGUCCCCCAUCGCAGUCGACCCCAGCACCGCGCCGAGCCUCCUGUAUCAACACCCGACACCGGACGACAUCGCCGCAUACUGCAAUGCCAUACAUCCGUUGAAGUACAGUCAACCGCAUCAGCCGAUAGGUGUAGCCACCGGGCCAGGUCUGGGGAACUUGGUCAUCACAGCAUACAGCGCUGGACACACGCCAGGUGGGACAAUAUGGCACAUACAACAUGGCUUGGAGAGCAUUGUCUAUGCCGCGGAUUGGAAUCAGGGUCGCGAGAACUUGCUGUCAGGAGCAGCAUGGCUAGGCACGUCAAGCGACGUCAUCGAGCCUCUGCGACGACCCACAGCGUUGGUGUGUAGCUCCAAGGGUGUACAGAAGACGGGCAGUUUACCACGCACGAAAAGAGAUGAGCUGUUGUUCAGUCUUAUCAGGGAGACAGUAGCUCAAGGCGGCAAGGUUCUGAUACCCACCGACUCAUCCGCAAGAGUGCUGGAGCUGGCUUUCAUCCUCAACCACACAUGGCGGGAGAACAUCACCGGACCUCAUGCAGACACAUAUCGCCAUGCCAGGAUCUUCAUGGCCAGCAAGUCAAGUACCAGCACGAUGCGCCAACUCCACGGCAUGCUGGAAUGGAUGGACGACGCCAUCAUUCGUGAUGCAGAGGCAGCAAUGGGUCCAGGAGGCGAUGACAAGAAGGUGCCCAAUCUCCUGGAUUGGAAGUUCGUCAAGCAGAUAGAGCGCAAGAGUCAAUUGGAUAAGGUGCUCCAAAGGCAGAAUCCGUGUAUCAUCCUGGCAAGUGACGCAUCGCUGGAGUGGGGACUCUCACAGCACGCCUUGAAGGCUCUGGCUGGUGAUGCGCGCAAUCUUGUCAUCUUGACCGAGAACCUCACAAGCAGUAAUCCCCGUACUGCAAGCAUUGCUAAGAGCUUGGCUGAAUUGUACCGGGAAAACGCAGAUCAGCCAUCGAAGAGCAGUGUUGCAAAGGUCGUAAGUGCGGACGGGCACUCGGUGCUGCUUCGAGAGCCAUCGGCUUCCGCCCUCACCGAGGACGACAAUACACUAUACCAGCAGUAUCAAGCAAGACAGCGGCAACUUCACAGCAACCUGCAAGGUGACAACACUGCGAACGACACUGCUACCACAGAGAUUGCACAGGAAGAAGCCGAGGAGUCUUCGGACGAAGAAGACGAAGAAGAAGAAGAAGAAGAUCCAGACCGCCAAGGUCGUGCCUUGAACUUGACCGCGCAGAUCAAUCAAGGCAACAAGCGGAAAGCGGGUGUUUCUGAGGCAGAGCUUGGCAUCAACGUGCUGCUACGAAGUAAGAAUGUAUACGACUACGACGUGCGGCACAAGCGUGGCCGAGAGAAGAUGUUUCCCUUCGUCAGUCAUCGGAACAAGGACGAUGAGUAUGGUGACCUGAUCAAGCCAGAGGACUACCUUCGUGCGGAGGAACGAGAUGACACCGGCAAUGAAGACACGCGUGAUGGGUUGAAGCCUGAAGCAUCGGAGUUGGGCCAGAAGAGGAAGUGGAACGAUGUAGCAGACGCUAAAGCCGCGACUGGCAGAGGACGAAAGGACCGCAAGCAAGAACAGAACAAGAAGCAGAAAACCGAGCCUGACGAUAUCGAUGCCAUUAUAGCGAAAGCGACCGGCGAGUCUGGUUCUGGACAAAAUACUGUGAAUGGAGCGCCGGAGGAUGAGGACGACAGCGAGAGCGACUACGAGCCUGACGAAGGUGACUCUGACGAGCCGAAGAAGGUCAUCUUCAACAACCAAACCAUAUCAUUGCACAUACGGAUAGGCCACAUCGACUUCACCGGUAUGCACGAAAAACGAGAUCUGCAGAACAUUAUUCCGCGAGUACGGCCUCGGAAGCUGAUCCUGAUCUCUGGCGAUGUAUCGGAGACGCAAUUUCUGGCAGACUGGUGUCGGCAGUCGCUCGGCAGUGAAGCUGGCGAGUCAGCUUCGGAGGUUUUCGCACCCAUCAUAGGAGAAACGGUCGAUGCUAGCGUGGACACGAACGCCUGGACUCUGAAGCUAAGCCGACAGCUGGUCAAGAAGCUGACAUGGCAGAAUGUGAAGGGCUUGGGUAUCGUCACGCUCACCGGCAGUCUCGUGGCCGAGCGUGUCGAGGAAGCGGAAGAUGCUGAAGACGAGAACGUCAAGAAGAAGCUCAAGCUCAUCAAAGGCGAGGACACAGAAGACCUAACCAUGAAGGACGAGACGGCGCAAGUCAUGCCCGUGCUCGACCUGGUCAAAGCCCCAGCGGGCGCGACCCAAACGCGUGGCGCACAGCCCGUCCACGUUGGCGAUUUGCGCAUAGCAGAAUUCCGGCGCAUGUUGACGGAAUCUGGCCAUGUGGCAGAGUUUCGCGGCCAAGGUUCGAAGCCUAACCCCAUCUUCACAAUGCCAGCCUACCCGUUCAUGCCAAUGUACGGCGCUCCCAUGCCUGGAGCCUGGGCACCACCCUACCCAGGCAAUCCAUACGGCCCCGUCUUCGCUGCCCCACCGGCGAAAUCUGCCGAAGCACCUAGCACGGCACCGCCGAAGCCUCCGCCAGUUCCAUCCACCGUGCACCCAUCAGUCGCCAAGCUCCGCUCCGUCAAGUGCGGCGAAAGCAGUCCCGGCGGAAACCGCGUCAUCACCAUCGAAGAAUGGCAGAAAUUCUGCAAUGCCGCCGAUGACCGUGCAAAGCAAGAGCAAGCGAAAGCAGCCAAGUCCGUCAACACCGCAGAUUUCGGGAGCGAUUUCGCUGCGUUCAUCGAGUGGAACCGUCUUCGCAAGGAAGCGAAAGUCGCUGCCACCAAGCCAGCCUCCACGAAGACGAAGAGCGAGAAGAGCGCCGCUCACUCCCAUAAUUCGUACGCUCCACCAACGAUCCGCCCGGGCGUGAAUUACCUCUUCCCCGAGAAGACACAGCACACCAUGCUGCACGUCUUCGCCAAGACUUCGAAGCUGUGGGAGGAUAAGUACAAGGGCACUGUGCAGAAGUUUAAAAUUUUCAAAGCUAGCACGAAUUUUCCGGUGGCGGAGAUUAUGGAGAGGGUUAGGGGCGGGAAGGAGAAGUGUGAGGGGUGGGCGGUUACGGAGGUUGUGGAGGCGGGGAGUGGCGGGUGGAAGAAGGGUACGACGAUUGCGUAUGGGGAUGAGAAGGCGAAGGGGAGUUUGGAGAGUAUGGGGUGGGAUCAGACGAGGGGGUGUGAGGGACGGCCGCCGGUUUGGUUGGUUGUGCAUAAGGCCUGA